UGCAAAUCAUAUGCGUGUGUAUGUAUAAUAUCCAUGUAUUGUAAUCGGCCGCCAAUUCGCGAAGAAUGGACGGUGCAAUGAAUCGUUGAAGCGGAUAUAGUGAAUGACCGAGCGGAAGGCUCUGAAUCAUAUCUUCGUUGUCGUCAUCAUUAUCAUCGAAAACUCGUUCGCGACCAACGGGUUGACGACGGCGAAGGAAGAUACGGAACGAUAUCGUUGCAGUGCUGGUGAUCGCUUCUUGUCACGACGACGACGACGGCGGCGCGGACUGUGAUGCGGAAACGCAACGUCUUUCCAUCAACACAGCCGUGCACUGCCCGAGAACGUAAUCGACGUCUUGAUACGCGGGAUAUGCUACUGAUUAACAGCGAGGUCAAUUUCGCGAAACUUUCAGCGAAUUUGUGAACAAUUUCGUGCUUAAGGCAGACAGAAUGUCUAGCUCAUAUGUCGUCGAGCCGCAAGAAAGUUCUGAAAAAAAGGAUGAUACAUUAAUCAUUGUUAUCAACGAUGAUGGGGUAAUAUCUGUUGAUCAGGCAACUCUACAAAACUUGAUAAUGAAUCAGUCAAGCGCUAAUGUUAGCGUAGUAAGAGUAGGCCAAGCUGACACAGAUACUGAAAAUGGAGAUAUAACUUUAACAGUAGAUCCACCAACAUUUGCUCAUUCUACAGCAAGCUCAGUAAGCGCCAAUGCUAGUACUGACCCAGGUGGAUUGGUAGAUCCUUUUAUGGAGAUGGAUCCAGAACAGUUGGAAAGAUUAGAAACAGCUCUGCAAAGUGAAGAGGCAAAGCAGAUACUUGGAGAAAAUGUCACUGCAAUGCUUGAUAUGUUAUCAAUAGAAGAGCUGCAGAAUACAAUGAGAUAUAAUAUACAGCUGGACCAUUGUUAUACAAGCAGAUUAUCACCUAGUGAUCCAAUACCAAGGGAUCCCUUACCAAUCGUUGAUGAUUUGUCUGAAUCCAAUGAUAUUCAAUAUAUACAUCAACCAUCUUCUCCUCGAAUAACUGUUAUGUCACCAUCCAUUAAUGAUGUGGACAAUGUUGGAAUUAAGAGCAAGAAUGUUGCAAAGAAUACAAAUAUAUCAUUACAAAGUAAACAGAUGAAUAGACCGCGAAUACGUAAAACGGCUGUUUCUACACCUACAAAUAUAACUGGUUUGUCUAGAGCUAAUACAAGCAUCAUUGGGACUCCUAAAUCGUCAGGACAUCAUUCAAUGUCAAGAAAUUUAACAAAUAUCCAACAAGGAACAAAAUUACAAGCCAAAAAUAAUAAGGAAGAAGAAGAUGAUGAAAUUACAGAAUCUACAGAGUCUUCGGAAUCAGAACCACCAUCUGAUAACGAUAACGAUUCAGACUUUGGUCCUCGUAGUUCCAAGAGAAGUAAUGCUAGGGCUCGAGGAGGACGAAAAGGUCUCACUACAAGGGGUGGUAGCAUGACAGCUGUUCGAAAGAGAGGUCAAAAUAAGCAAUUGGAUAUGGAACAGGUGCGACGAUUAGACAUGGAAAUGGCUGCUGCUGUUAAUGCAAUGAAAACUCCUGAAAAAGACGAUAAAUCGGAGAGAUUUAGUCCUACUAAGAGUAAGAGACAAAUCAAAACACUCGGUGGAAAGAAGAAGGAAGAAUUGCAAUUUACAGAAAUGUCUCAAUCUGUAUCUCAAGAAUCACCAUCAACAUAUGAGAAGCCACUACAAACAACAAAUCAAGUGAAAGCAAAUUUAAUUAAUGCCAAUAUGAUUAAGGGUGACAUGAUACUAACCAAACCUGGUCAAGGAAGAAGCACUCAGAAGGUUACUUUUAUUCAAAAACAAGUCCCGAUGAAACCGAACGAACUUAAAAAUAUCGGGCUUAAAAAGACUGUGUUGGUUUCUAAGGAAAAACUUAUAAAUCAAGCGGGCACAAAAUUUUUCACGACGAAAGAUGGGAAAUUGUUACAACUACCACUGGUGUCUAAAACACUAAGUCCGAUACAGAUUUCUCCAGUGAAGGCAGUACUGACACAAGCCGUGUCACAACAAUCUGUGACACAGCAACAGAAUGCAAGUCAAGGCUCGCCGACAGAUCAACAAUCGAAAACCAUUUUUUCGGUUGGCAAUACGCCAAUAAAAUUCAAGCCUAGUGAUACAAAGAGAGAAAAGAGAAAAUCUGACACUGCUAUAGAAAUUUUGAAGGGGGAUGAAAAUUCUACAAAAUCUAUAGAGAUCAAGGCGUUAGAUAAUGCGAAGAAACUUAAAAAAGAUAAUCGAAAAGCUCCAGGUUAUGUAGCAGAUACUCUAGGUCCCGCGCUCUUCUCAACACCGGAUAUAAUUCGACGUGUGGGUUCGAAUAGUGAUGGAAAAAUUGCAGAUAAUGCUGCAAUAGCUAUGACUCCAUCUACAUCUUUUGCAACAAUAGUAUCUACAGCUGGGCCGUCAACCGGUUCUAUUUCCACAGCAGUUUCAUUGAAUGUCGGCAUCUCUGCUGAUUCAAAUAUAAUGCAGAACACUUCUAAUCUUACUACUAAAAAAACAAUAUUUAAUAUUUCUGAACAGUCUGUCCAACCAGAGCCACAAUUAAAUUUCGAUGGAAGUAAUAGUAUAACACCAGGAAGCGAAAACGAACAAAAAUCAGAAACUAAGACACCUCUAACUGAAGAAUUGCAACCAUCGCUAGAUACAGGUGGGAUCGAAGGAGAAGAACAUUUAUUGGCUACUUUAGAAAUGGAAGCUAACAAACACGAAGAAGAACUACUUGCUGAAGCAUUAUUAUUACAAGAGGAACUUGGAGUCGAUUUGGCCGAACAUUCUACACUAGGUGAUCCCAGGCCACGAGUGAUACCAGAAUCAUUGGCAUCGGGUAGCAUGCUUAUGUCCACAUUAGUAUCACCAGAACAAGAUUCUAAAUCAGUAAAGGUAGCGCCAGCAGCACAAACAAAUGUUCCAAAAGAAACAAGCAAAAAAUCUUCGAAGGACAGUAAGGAGACGGUUCAAAUCAUUCGGGGCAAUCGUGUGAUUAAGUUACCACCUAUUGAAGCACCUGCCACUAGAAGUAAAAGAUUGCAAGCGAAAACUGAGAUGCCGCAGACAAAUCCCGAAUCGAAAAUAGAGAAACUUACUCAGGUACCAGUUCCGCAAUUAGUACAUAACAAGGAUGAGUUCAAAACGGGAAUGAAUGAAGAAGAAGAGGAAGAUGAUGAUGAUGAUGACGAGGACAAUUCAGAUUCAGAAGAUGAUCCAGAUCGAUUAUGGUGUAUCUGCAAACGGCCACAUAAUAACCGAUUUAUGAUAUGUUGUGAUGUCUGCGAAGACUGGUUCCAUGGAAAAUGUGUACAUGUCAGCAAAGCCAUGGGUCAACAAAUGGAGGAGAAAGGUAUAGAGUGGGUUUGUCCGAAUUGUCUAAGGAAGAAAGCCGAGGAAGAAAAAAUUAAGUUGAAUUUGCAAUCACUACCUGGAAAACAAAAAGCAAAAGUUGAAUCAGUAGAUGAAAAUUUAUCUUCGCAAACUAUAUUAUCAAAAGAAAUAUCUUCGUCGAGUUCUUCCAUCGACCACAGUACUGCUCUAGCUUCCAGCACAAUGCAAUGUGUUGUUUGCAAAAAGGAAGCCAGAAAUUCCAGUAUUUAUUGUUCAGAUGCAUGUAUUCUCGCACAUGCUCAGGAAACUUUAACCAAGGACAAACCCAUGCCAUCUGGAUCAAAUAUAAAGUCUACGAAAUCAUCUACGACAGAAACUAAGGCAAAAUCUGAAACUAGAGUAGUAGUCUUUGACAGAAAAAGUGGUAAAGUUCUUACUGGUGCAGAUGCUCCUCUGAGAUCCAAUUUGCGAACAUGGUUGAAAGAGAAUCCAACUUUUGAAAUAGUAGAAGCCAAUAAUAUCAACACACUUCAAAUAGGUGGAAAGCUCGUCACUCAAAUUCAAACCUCUGGAAAACCUACAAAAAUUACGCAAGCAUCUCCAGUUAAAGUGCAAAGUAUGCCAAAGAUGAUUUAUACAAAGGUGGUUGGCUCAAAACAAACUGUUUUAGCAACCAACAAGAAAAUUACAAUAAUUCCUGCUAUGCAACAACAAAGUGUAUCAUCGGGCAGUAAACCGACACAAUUGAAACAAACGAUAAUCACCACGACGCCAGGAAAGAGCUCUAAUGUAAUAUUAAAGACAUCAAAAAAUGUCACACAGACGCAAUUGAAAACCCAAACAGCAGGCUCACCGAAGCAAACGUCGAUUAAGAAGCAAGAAGUAAAGCCAUCACCAUCCCAAUUAAAGCAACAAACUAAAUUAACACCGGUAAAAAAGCCAGAAACGGAACCCAUACGAGUGAAUAUCCGAAAAACUCUAACGGAAUUACUAUCCAGUCGUAUAAAGGAAACUGAAGAUCUGAAACUAACUGACGAGGAGAUUGCCGAUUUGGCUUUCAACAUAGAACUUGAAAUGUACAAGUAUUUUAAGGACACUGGCUCUAAAUACAAAGCAAAGUAUAGGAGUCUCGUGUUUAAUAUAAAAGACACCAAGAAUCUCACGUUAUUUAGAAAGAUUGCGGAUCGCUCAUUAACGCCCGAUGCGGUGGUACGAUUAAGUCCAGAUGAGAUGGCCAGUCAGGAAUUGGCCGAAUGGCGCGAGAAAGAGACCAAGCAUCAACUGGAAAUGAUAAAAAAGAAUGAAUUGGAUUUGAUGGCUCAGGCUAAGUCAAUCGUCGUUAAGACUCAUAAAGGUGAACAGAUAAUCGAGAAUGAUGGUGGAAUCGAUCACGUUGAUCCUAAAACACCAGUGCAGGAUAUCGUUUCCGCGUUAAAUAACGGCGAUAAUAUAAGCUCCACGGUCGACGAUUUGGAAAAAGAUAAGGAUAAGGAUGAUAGACUAAAGGUACAAAUGGAAACAAAAAAAACCAAAAACACAGAUGAACGAAGGAGGAAAGAUAAGGACAGAGGAAGAGAGCGCGACAGUGCAAAAUCCAAAAGCAAAGAUCGACGGGAGAGAAGUCGCAGCCGGCAUCGCCAUAGUCGGGAUCGUAGCAAGACGCGAGACAAAAGUAAGGAGCGAAAAUCGAGCAGGAAUAAAGAGAGCAAACGCGACAAGGACAGAGAGAAGGAUAAAGAACGAGAUCGAAACAAAGAUCGGGAUAAGACGAGAAAGGAGAGCAGAGAGAGAGACCGGCAGAGAGAAAAAGACAGGCAAAAGAGUAAUGAUAAUCGUACAAGAAAUCGUAGCGGUAGUAGAGAAUCCAAGGAUGCCGAUAAACGGGAAGAAGAACGUAAAAAGGAAACAGAGAAGAAGAAAGAUAUAUCGCCACCACCUGUGGAAAAACCAAUAGAGGAUCGCCUCUGGCGGCACAUAGAAGAUGAGGCUACAACGAAUACGAUUGAUGGGAAUGAUUCCGAUAUAUCGGACAGAGAACCCAGUUCUACUGUCACGAUUAAGACGCCCGAUAUUAAUGAGGAAUCGGAGAGAGACAAAGAGCAGAUGACGGAUAAGGAAACAUCGGCGAAGGGCAAUUGGCAAACGGUUUGGCGUGGUUUUGUUAACAUGGUUGAUGUCGCUAAGUUCUUUAUAACAGCGCAGGAAGUAAGUGGCAACGCUAAAGAUCUUAUGGACGAUUUACCAGAUACUGUCGACGUUGUCGGUAGGAUUAGCCAUGAAACCGUUUGGGACUAUAUCUCAAAGAUGAAAAGGAGCGGUUCGAAGGAGAUUCUAGUCAUCCGAUUAACAGCUGCGAACGACGAAGAGAAGAUUCCCUAUAUAACUCUGUAUAGCUAUUUAAAUAGUAGAAGCCGUUUAGGCGUCGUGGGUAAUGUUUCUAAAAAUAUCAAGGACUUUUAUAUAAUGCCAUUCUCAAGUCAAAGUACGAUACCACCGGUUCUAAUGCCGCUUACGGGAUCUGGAUUUGAGGAACAUCGGCCACAUUUGCUUCUUGGCAUCAUAGUUCGCAACAAGAAGAAACGAUUGUCAGCUGUGCCGCCAGCAAUACCUUCGAAAACAUCCAAAACGUCCGACAGAAGUUACACUCCGCCGUUGGUCAGCGUGCCAAAAGAAAAGACCUUGUCGCCAUCACCGUCCUCGUCUCCCAUGUUGUAUAAAGCGACUGCGUUAGAUUCGAUGAAGGAGAAAGCAGCGACGGCGACGGCAGUGACGCAGAUGACUUUGGAUUCUUUGAACAAAGCGCACAUAGGUAUGUCGCGCGGCGUCAUAGACACCGCGACGAUAUGCAAGAUUGUGCCGGAAUUGUCGUCAAAAAUUGUCGACCUGACCUCAUCGCCCAGUAAAGUCACGUUGGAUGAUGACGGAGACGAGCCGUACAGUCCUGGCGAGAUGGACGACGAUAUGACCAAUCUGCAGACUACUGUCGACAGUGCUACCGGCAUCUUGUCUUCGUCCAGCAAGAACUCCACAGAAUUACAAAGAAAGAUGGACGAAUUAAAUCGGCAGAUUGAAGAGCAGAAGCAACAAAUCGAGGAACAGAGACAACAGAUACAGAGACAACAGAACAUUAGCUCGUCAUUUCUCGACGAAGCAACUCCCACUUUGCCGGGUUUGGGAUUAGAUCCGCCCACUGACGAUUGUGAGGAAGCUUACAGUCCAUCAAAUGUGCGGUCCUUCACGCCUCCGCCGCCUAUCUCCAAGUUCGCGCAGCCUAUCCUCGAUAAAGUCUCGGACAUCACUAUACCGCCAAAUUUACAGGAGAUCCUGGCGAAUGUCAAGCGGCAGGAGUCUUCUAAAGUGGAUCCUUAUCUUCCGUCUAAGCCUAGCGCGUCGUUCUUACCCACACUUUAUCCGAACCCGGAGAGAUAUUCGCCCUCUUCCAGGAUUAGUCAGUCAGAGAAAACGCCGCUAGAAGUCCCCAAGGAGAGCAAAAGCACAUUGAGUACUUUAAGCGACUUGGAUCUGAUUCGAAAAGCCGAAGAAGAGUUGGCAGCAGUCGCGGCAGCGACGGCAUCCGCAGUACCGGCGCCACCACCGUCUUCUUCCUCUUCAUCAUCAUCAUCGUCAUCGUCAUCAUCGUCAUCAUCCUCAUCAUCAUCAUCAUCAUCAUCAUUAUCGACAUCAUCAUCUUUACUCGUCUUAACGCCGCCACCCAUUGGCUCUAUAAGUGACGCACCGAUGUCGCCACCGCUGCAGGUUCUCUCUUCGUCACUUCCACUUCCUACGGAAUCUGCAUUGGAGGCAAAUAAAUCGUAUAAACCAAGUUCUUCAGAUGCUUUCAAGAAGAGUUUUACCCCCGAACAACCAAAGCCGCCCGGUCUUGAAGAUGAAGAUUUUCCCACUUUCCCGUCGACUCCGCCGACAAUAGACGUCUCUAAAAUGGCAGGCGCAUCCCACUCAAAAGUUUCAUCUAAAAGCGGUAUCGUGCUAAAUGUCAAGCGGAAAUUGAAUGACAGCGAUAACUUGCCGUCGCCCACUAGAUUACCGAGGACAAAAUCACGUUGGGGUCAAAGACCAUCCGAAUAAGACGAUUUAAUACUUGUGAUUUGCGAUUUGCAUUAAGGUGAUUUUUUGACAUGUCUUCUACAUCCGCUAAUGAAUGUCAUAUGCAAAGCGAAACUGUGUUUCUUUUGCGCAAAGAGGAAAGAAUGAGCCAAUAAAGCGAUAAAUUAUUAAGAAUUUUGCCGUAAUUUGUAACAUAAAUGUACAAGGUGAUCUUUGCGCGUGCGCAGAACUGUAAUCUUGUAUGCGAUGAAUGAAAAAGAAGUUUAUAUGCGUAGCAUGAGAGUGAAAAAAUAAGAGAGAGAAUGACGUUGUAAUGUAAAAUCUAGCUUAACAGUAGCGAAUUGUAUGCAUUUCCAUAAACGUUAGUUGAAAUAAGAUAAAGAAGGACACUGUAUAUUUUCAGUGAGAUCAAAUGUAGAGAUGCAAGAAAGGUUUCUUUACUAUUAAGAGUACUUACACUCUUAAGAAAGAAACAGCGAUACCGCAAGUGUAUGUUUCAUUGCUAGAGUUUUGUCCGCGAGGGAAUCCGGACAAUUGUACCCUUCCUCUCGUCGUAUUCUCCAUGUCUGCCGCUAAAACGAAUUCUCCAAGAAAAAAAAGUAUCUUCCAGAGCUUCGUGUUUAUCGACGAUAUUUUUCAAGUGUCAACAAGAAGGGCAAUUUUGAGGGGUAUCUAGAUAAGUCGAGUAUGUGUUCAUGUUAAAGCUAACGAUAUAUAAUGACGAUAAACGUGUAACUAUUAACAACACUGAUGUAUCCGCAGCUCAAUCUACAAUCACGGAAGGUAUGUGUAAAAAUGAUCGAGGUAUAAACCAUUUGUCGUACGACAUUUGCACACAUAUGCGUGCUUGAAUUGAUAGUGGAUAGUGCCGGAAAUACACAUAUUAUCCUUGUAAAUACCAAAGCAAAAAGGUGAACGAAACUCGGCGACUGUGAUUACAUCGCUUUCGUACAUGAUAUACGCAGUUUCUGCGCGUGAUGGGUACGUAUGUAUAAAUAUAUAUAUCCUGCGAAA